AUGGCGGAGGAUGUAGAGCGAUAUCUGCACCUAGAUCCACCUUCCUCCUCUUCUUCCCCGGCGAACAAGUCCCGGGGCUUCAAAUCCUCUAAUCCGGCAACACAACCGCCGUGUCCUCCAGACCACGUCCUCGAGAACGUCCUAGAGAACGUGCUUCAGUUCCUCACCUCCAGAUUCGAUCGCAACGCCGUCUCGCUAGUAUGCAGAUCGUGGUACCUCGUCGAGGCCCAGACCCGAUUCGAGGUCUUCAUCGGCAACUGCUACUCGCUCUCCCCCUCCCGGCUCACUCACCGGUUCAAGCGCGUCAACUCGCUGGUGCUUAAAGGGAAACCUAGGUUCGCCGAUUUCAACCUCAUCCCUCCCGAUUGGGGAGCUCAAUUCGCGCCUUGGGUUUCCGCGACAGCCAAAGCUUACCCCUGGCUCGAGAAGGUCAGUUUGAAGCGGAUGCUCGUCACUGACGACGAUUUAGCGCUUCUCGCUGAGUCGUUUCCUGUCUUCAAGGAGCUUACUUUGCUCUGCUGUGAAGGUUUUGGGACCAGCGGGAUCGCCAUUGUUGCUAACAAGUGCAGAAAGCUAAGAGUACUCGAUCUGAUAGAGUCAGAGGUCUCAGACGACGAAAUGGAUUGGAUUUCUUGUUUUCCUGAAGGUGAAACGAAUCUGGAGUCUUUAUCAUUCGAAUGUGUUGAAUCUCCCAUCAAUUUCAACGCGUUGGAAGGGGUUGUGGCUAGGUCACCGUUCUUGAAGAGACUUAGAACCAACAGGUUCGUCUCUCUUCAAGAGCUGCAUCGAUUAGUGGUUCGAGCGGCGUCGCAGUUGACGAGCCUCGGGACGGGCUCGUUUAGUCCCGAUAUCGUGCUUCAGGGUGAGCAAGAACCGGAUUACGCAGCUGCGUUCCGUGCUUGCAAAUCCAUUGUUUGUCUCUCUGGCUUCAGGGAGUUCACCCCGGAGUACCUCCCGGCGAUCUCUCCGGUCUGUGCUAAUCUCACCUCUCUUAACUUCAGUUACGCUAACAUUUCCCCUGACAUGCUCAGGCCAUUCAUACGCCACUGUCACAAUAUCCGAGUCUUCUGGGCUCUUGACUCGAUAUGCGAUGAAGGACUAGAGGCAGUGGCUGCAACGUGCAAGGAGCUUCGUGAGCUUCGGGUGUUCCCUUACGAUGCUCGUGAAGACAGUGAAGGUCCUGUCUCGGGCGUAGGCCUCCAGGCGAUCUCAGUGGGGUGUAGGAAACUGGAAUCGAUCCUCUACUUUUGCCAGCGGAUGACUAAUAGAGCUGUGACAGCCAUGUCUGAGAACUGUCCCCAGCUUAGAGUGUUUAGGCUUUGCAUAAUGGGUCGACAUAGGCCUGACCACGUGACAGGGAAGCCAAUGGACGAUGGGUUUGGCGCCAUUGUUAAAAACUGCAAGAAGCUAACCCGGCUUGCAGUGUCGGGGUUACUGACAGACGAAGCUUUUAGCCUUAUAGGAGAGUAUGGGAAACUGAUCCGUACGUUGUCUGUGGCUUUUGCUGGAGACAGUGACAUGGCUCUUAGGUAUGUUCUUGAGGGGUGUCCUAAGCUGCAAAAGCUUGAAAUCAGGGACAGUCCGUUUGGGGAUGUUGGAUUGCGGUCUGGUAUGGAUAGGUAUCAUAAUAUGCGGUUUGUUUGGAUGUCGUCGUGUUCUUUAUCCCGGGGAGGCUGCAGGGAUGUUGCUCAUGCUCUGCCUAGUGUAGUGGUGGAAGUAUUUGAGUCAGAUGGUGAUGGUGGUGGUGAUGAUGAUGACAAUGCGGAUUAUGUUGAGACGUUGUACAUGUAUCGGUCCCUUGAUGGUCCAAGGAAGGAUGCUCCAAAGUUUGUAACAAUUUUAUGA